CGGAAAUAUCAAAGAAGCGGUGGUGUUUAAAUUGUUUUGUUAUUAAUUUUUACCCCAUUUUUGAACAUUAAUAACACUUUAAUUUUCCAAGUCAUUCUAUAAUUCUACCGCCAAUCUACAAUAUUUGAAUUCCAGCCAAAAAACCUGAAGAUUUAUGUGUGAAAUAGUACAAAAAACUUAAUUCUCAAGUCUAACCUCUACCAAAGUUUUUUUUGCAUUAACAUGGGGGUUACAGUUUUACAACAGUAUCCUGUGCCGGAAAAUAAGAAUGGAACUUACGUGAUUGAGCUGCUCACGAAGCGGAUUUUGGCACUAGGCGCGACUCAGCAAGGCCAGUUCUUGGUGGACUGUGAAAGUUAUCUUUCUCAUCCUCAGAUGGGAACAACAAAGACUGUGCACAUUCUCCACAAUUCGGAGCAACCUGCAUCCGUGUUCUCUAUCCUUGAGAGCGGUACGAAGAACAUUCACGUGAUAGCCGAUGGGCUAUUCGAUCUUCUCAUGAUGAAGCUCUCACAGCAUUACACAUCGAAGAAACAGACCAAGAUCGAAAGCAAAGGCCCCAGGUUCGAGCUUGGUGAUUUCUGCGUGAAAUUGGGCUCUGUGACUAUGAACCAAAGUUUUAAAGGAAUACUCAUUGAGGUGGAGUAUCGUCCAUGUGUAAUGGCCAACGCCGUGUGGGGUCUGCUCCGGGAGUUUCUCCAAGGCCUCUUAGGCCCCACGGUCACCAUCCAGCCGCCCCAGCACCUGCUGAGCCGAAUGAACGAAAUAUACACCCCCAUUGACACCAUAUACCAGUACCUCGAACAUUUCAGUGCGUACAGAAAAGUGACUGGCAUGCGUGGCGGUUGAGUAUAGUGAAAUUGAUCUCUACAGUUUAGUAAUAAGGACUACAAUGGGUGAUACAUUCCCUUGUCUAGGUUAAGGUCUUUUGACGUUUAAUUUUACUAAUAAUAAACUAUAUUUUGAUGACA